AUGAGUUUAAACAUUGGGAUUAUCUUCCUGGCUCAGGUUGUCAUUGGAAGCCUGGGGAAUUUCUCCCUCCUAAGUCACUAUUUUUUUCUGUACAUGAGUGGACACAGGUCAAGGUCCACAGAUUUGAUCAUCAGGCACUUGACAGUGGCCAACGCCUUGGUCAUUCUCUCAAGAGGAAUCCCAGAGACCAUGACAGCUUUUGGGUUGAAACAUUUUCUUAAUGAUGCUGGAUGCAAACUUGUUUUCUAUGUUCAUAGGGUGAGCAGGGGUGCAUCCAUCGGCAACACUUGCCUCUUGAGUGUCUUUCAGGCCAUCACAAUUAGCCCCAGGAACUCCAGGUGGGCAGAGCUUAAAGUAAAAGCUAUCAGGUACACUGGCCCCUCCAGUGUCUUCUGUUGGAUCCUGUACAUGCUGAUAAACACCGUAGUUCCUAUGUUUGUGACUGAAAAAAGGAGUGAAGAAAAUAGCACAGCAACCAUAGAUUUUGGAUACUGUUCCUCUAACCAUCAUGACAGAAGCAGAGACUUACUGCCUUCAAUGAUCAUAUCCACCCCUGAUGUUUUGUGUUUAGGACUCAUGAUGUGGGCCAGUGGGGCCAUGGUUUUCCUUCUGUAUAGGCACAAGCACCAAGUCAGACACAUUCAUAGGAACAACAUCUCACGUCGAUCUUCUCCCGAGACCAGAGCUACCCAUAGCAUCCUUGUCCUGGUGAGCACCUUUGUCUCUUUUAAUGCCCUGUCUUCCAUCAUUUACCUGUAUUUUUCUUUUUUUGCUAAGACUACCUGGUGGCUGGUGAACACCUCUGCCUUAAUCAAUGCAUGCUUCCCAUCUAUCAGCCCCUUUAUUCUCUUGAGUCGUGACCCUGAUAUAUGCAAGUUCUUCCCGAUGUGCCUUGGAAGACAUGUACAAUUUCCCCAUCUCAUCAGAAAACUAUGA